UUUUACAAAAUGGUGGCUUCUCCUAUAUUUCUUGCGCGGAGAAAUUCGUUGUAGCAGCGAUUACGAACAAAAACCACGCAUUUUAGCCCAAAACUAAUUAAAAUUAUAGUGCUAAAACACUUACAGCAACGGUGGCUGUCCCGUGUGGCUGGAAUACGCGUGUGAAAGUCAAUGCGGAGAGUGCACAAAGCAAGUGAAAAUUGUAUUUCCAUCGUUCGAGUAGCAGCAGAAGCAGCAGCAGCACAGAGCAAUAAAAAACGCAAGCAAGCAUACUGUGUUUUGUGCAAAUUAACCAAAAUAUACAUUUCCGGCCGCCCGCGCCCCCUCGCUGAGAAUCCAACAUAUCGCUGUCCCCCCUCUUCCCCUGCAAUAUCGUACCCUCUGCGGAGACUGUGGAGAGAGACCGGGCCCGCCUGCUGCUGGAGCCGCUGCCGCUGGGAGGAACGCCGCCUGGAAAGGGGCUCAUCGGGCACAUUUACCCUGGAUUCAUGUUGAAUUUUCAUAUCGUAGAGGGCAUAAAAAGGCUUAACACUGGACCGGAAGCGUGUUUUUAAAGGGUGAUGGCGGCCUCCACUCAAGGAGAAAUUCGAGUGGGUCCCGGCCACCAGGUAAACGAUGUCUAUGCAAAACUGCCCGAUUAUAAUCCAAUCUCAAGCUUCCCCAUCGACAAGGAAACCGAUGAACGUGAACUAGAGGAAUCAAGAUGGAGUCCAGGCGUUGUGGCCGAUGGCGAUUUGUUAAUGUUCUUGCGUGCUGCCCGCUCGAUGGCCGCAUUUCAAGGAAUGUGUGAUGGCGGACUAGAAGACGGUUGUUUGGCUGCCAGUCGCGACGACACAACAAUUAACGCACUCGACGUGCUGCACGAUUCUGGCUACGAUCCAGGCAAAGCUCUACAAGCACUAGUUAAGUGCCCCGUUUCGAAGGGCAUCGACAAGAAGUGGACCGAGGACGAAACGAAAAAGUUCAUCAAGGGUCUGCGACAAUUUGGCAAGAAUUUCUUUAGGAUCCACAAGGAUCUGCUGCCGCACAAGGACACACCCGAACUGGUCGAAUUCUACUAUCUGUGGAAGAAGACGCCCGGCGCCAACAACAAUCGCCCACAUAGGCGACGCAGACAGAGCGCCUUGCGACGCAAUCGUGUCACGCGCGCAAAUAAUAAUACACCUCCCAAGAAGGAGGACACACCGGAACCACAAACUGCGACGACGGCGGCGACGGCGACGGGGUCGGGGUCAGCGUCAGAGACGGCUCAUCAGAGUCGCUCAUCGCCCGCUGUCUCCAAGGAGGAGAACAGCUCUCUCACCGAGGACGACGCCAGCGAGUGUGACAGUGAUUCCAGUCUGACCAACAAAAGGGAUGAAUCACCCUCUAGGAUGAGGACGCGCAAUAAACAACAGAAUAACAACAACAACAACAACAAUAACAACAGCAGCAGCAGCGGCAGCAACACAACCAACAGCAGCAGCAGCAGCAGCACGGCCAGCAAUAGCGGAGGUGGCAGUGGCGGUGGUGGUGGUGGUGCCUCCGUCGGUGGCAGCUCUGCGAUAGGCGGAAACGCUGCUACAGGCGCCACGGCCACCAACAGCUCCAGCAAGGAUCAGUCCAACACCAACAACGCUGUGGCCAAUGGCAAGCGGCCCAAGCGAGGCUCCGAGACGCCCGAUGCGGCCGCCGGUGGAGCCUCCUCGGUGGACAGUCCCAAGACCCCCACCAAGGCUGUGGCCGAGAGUUCGGCCACCAAGCGCAAGGGCGGCAAACAGGAUACGCCCAACAAGAAGAAGCGCACCGAACAGGAGCAGGCGAACGACCAGCAGGCGGCCAGUGCCGGAACGGGAGCGCCAACGGAGGAGAACAACAGCAGCAGCAGCCUCAAGGAGAAGCGGAAGCAGCAGCAGCAGCAGCAGCGGGCCGACAGUCCCGUGGAGAGCAUGAACUCGGACAGCAGGCCGGACUCGGUGCUGGACGAUGGCGAGUCGAAUACCACGGACACGACGACCACCGCCGAACAGCAGUCCACCAAGGACAGCAAGGAGUUGCUGCUCAACUGCAAGGAGGAGCGCGAGAUGGCCACCAUCGAUGGUGGGGGCCUGGGCCAUCUGGAGCCCAAAACGGAGGAGAAGUCCAUCAAGGCAGAGAUCGCCUCGGAGGAUGGCAGCAAGGAGGCGCUCUCCAUCAAGAACAUGGACGAGGAAACGAACAUCCAAGCGCCAAACAGCGUGGAUGGGCUCCAGCUGCUUAAGGACUCCGCUGCCAGCACGAUCCAGCAGGACGGCGGUGGUGUGCCGCCGGUUAAUCCUGUGGCAGCGCCUCUCACCAUGAAGGUGCCCACCAUUGCCACCGUGGAGGCGCUGAAUGCCUCCGUGGAGCGCAAGGAGGCCAUCGAGAAGAUGGAGACCUGCGAUAGCGAUCCCGAUCUGCUCAAGAAGCUGGCCACCAUCAAGCAGGAGGUCUCGCCCCAACAGCAGCAGACGCCGCAGCAGCAGCAGCAGCUGAAUCCGAUAUCCAUUCAGCCGCCACCAGCGUCAUGUCCGCCCACGGAGGCGGUGUAUAUCAAGAAGGAGCCCAUGGACGACUCGAUGGAUGCCACCUGCAAUCAGAACAGCAACGAGCCGCAGGACCUCAAGGUGAAGAUUGAGAUCAAGAACGAGGACUCGUUGAAGCACAACGCCGGAGGGCUGCCGCCCACGUUGCCUGGUGCGCCGCCCACAUCCAUGCAUUCCCAUUUGAUGGCCGGCGUCGAGAGUGGGCAGCCGCCAAUGGGUGAGCCGCUGCACCUGUCGCAUCUGCCACACGGCCAGCAACCGUUGCAGCCACCACCCGCCAGCUAUCUGAUCGAUGGCCAGCUGAAGUACGGCCCACCCGGAGGACAACAGCAGCAGCAGCAGCAGCAACAACAGCAGCAGCAGCCGCCACAGCCGCCGCAGCUGCACAGCGAUCCGGCUGGAGUGGGUGGCAAUGGUGGGCCUCCUCCUGGCGGACCCAACACGCCGCAAAAGUACCCGCCCGAAAUGGAGAUGAAAUUCACGCCGCAGGAUCUCAAGUAUCCGCCGCCACCGCCGCUGGACGCACUCAAGUACAGCCAGGAGAUGCAGGCGGUGGCCGCUGCAGCAGCCGCUGCUGCCGCCGCCGCGGCCGCGGCUGGCAAGUACGACAUGAAGUACAUGAUUGAGCAGCCGGGCAAGUAUCCGGUGGAGCUGUCCGCUGCCCACCAGCCGCCAUCGAAGCAGGGCUACCAGGACUCCCUCAAGAUACCCGACGUCAAGUCGGGCUUUGGCCAUCUGCCGCACAACAUGGCCGCGCAGCUAGAUGUGGCCCACAAGUACGGACCACCGCCCACGUCCCAGGAGCAACAACAACAGCAGCAGCAGUCGCAGCAGCAGCCAGCCCAUCAGGUGCCACCGGGGGCGACGCCACCGCCGGGCAUAGCCAUGCCCAAGCCGCACUAUCAGCACGAUGUGCAGACGCCGCCAUUGGGACGGCCCUUCGAGCCGGGAAUGAUGCACAAGUACGGAGAUCCGCUGGCAGGCAAAUACGGGCCGCCCCAGCCGCAGGAUCUCAAGUAUCCGAUGCCACCCGUCGGCUCCGCUGGAGGCCCACCCGUGGACGUGAAGCCGUACGGCGAGAAUCUGAUAAAGUCCUCGCCGUACGGGCCGCCACCGGAGAGCCCCAUAGACGCCUCCUCGCGGUCGACGCCGGGUCAGGACAGCCAGGGCAGCAACAGCAAUUCGCAGCCCUCGUCGAUGGCGCCGCAGCCGCAGCAGUUCCAGUCGCCGCAUCCCUCGCCUCACAUGCCUUCACCCGCCGGCGGCGGCCUGCCGCCAGGGAUGCAUCCCCAAAAUCUUAUCCACGGCCUGCCGCCGGGUGGGGGCGGCAGUGGACCCCAACCACCGCCACCGCCCACAUCCCUGCACCAGCAGCAGUCGUCGAGUGGUCCGCCGGGCAUGCAUCCGGGACUGCAUCCGGGUCAGCAUUCGCAGAUGUCGGUGGCCUCCUCGAUGCCGCCCAGCUCGAUCGGUAUACCACCCACGCUGUCGACGAUGGCGCCCUCGCAUAUGCAUCCCCACAUGCAUCCGCAUCAUCUGCAGCAGGUGCUCCAUCGGCCGCACGACAUGCCGCCCAGCAUGCAUCCGCACGCGCCCAUGGGCAUGUCCCUGCAAGGACAUCCGCAACACGGCCACGGACUGCCACCCUCGCACGCGCCCCAACAGCAGCAGCAGCAACAGCAGCAGCCCGGCGGUCCUGCGGGCACAGUGCGCACUCCCUCGCCAGCCCAGCAUCCGCCACGCAGUCUGCACGAUCCCCAGUCGCGGGAGCAGCCGCCCACAUCGCAGCCAUCGACAACGAUGGCGGGGUCUGGGGGAGGUCACGGCAACCCGCACCAAUCCCCGCACACGCAUCGCACCUCGCCGCUGCCAGGACUGGCGGGGAAUGGACAUCCGCCGCCGGGACUCAUUGGCCAUCCGAUGCCCAUACAUCCGCAUCUCGCGCAUCUGCCGCCGGGUCAUCCGGCGCAUGCGGCUCUGGCCCAUCCCGGCCACCAUCUGCUGUCGCAUUCGAUAGCCGGACUGGGGCCAGGCGGUGGACCCAUCGCACUGCUGGCGGGUCCCGGAGGCUUGGGACUGCCCGAGUCCGCGCUCAGUCGUCGCACCCCGCCCAGCCAUAUGCCCCACUCGCACGCCUCAUCGGCACCGAAUACGCCCCAUUCGGUGGCCUCGAUGACGUCAAGCAGCAUGGCCCUCACCACCAGCACGGUGCCGUCGUCGGCCUUCAGUCGUGCCAGUCCCAGCGUUCAGAUCUCGAGUGGAGGAGCCGCACCAGCCGGUCCUGGCGGCAGCAGCAGCAGCACGCCUGGCGGUGGCGUCAACAACUCCUCGGCAGCGGCGGCGGCAGCAGCGGCAGCAGCUGCCCAUCGAGCAGCCUCACCAGCCAGCAGCGUCAGCAGCCUGAGUCGCCAGAGUCCACUGCAUCCGGUGCCCCAGUCGCCGCUUAGCCAUCAUCCCUCAUCCUCGGCUUUGUCGGCGGCAGCGGCGGCCGUGGCCGAGCGCGAUCGCCAUGCGCUGCUGCGACAGCAGUCGCCGCAUAUGACGCCGCCACCCGUGUCGAAUGCCUCGGGACUGAUGGCCAGUCCGCUGAGCAAGAUGUAUGCCCCGCAGCCGGGCCAAAGGGGGCUGGGAACAUCACCGCCGCCGCAUCUGCGACCGGGAGCCUCGCCGCCGGUCAUACGGCAUCCGCAGAUGCCGCUGCCAUUGCCUCUGAUUGCGCCGGGUGGAGGCAUUCCACAGAUCGGUGUGCAUCCCGGCCAGUCGCCGUACCCGCAUCCGCUGCUGCAUCCGUCGGUCUUCUACUCGCCGCAUCAUCAUCCCUUCAACUCGCCCUACGGCUAUGCGCCGUACGGGCCUGGAUUCCCGGCCUACAUGAAGCCCCCACCACCGGGCGGACCGCUGGAUCCUGCCGCCGUGAUGGCCGCACACCAUGCCGGCCUCCAGGGUCCGCCGCAGCAGCAGCAGCAGCGCCAGGACGAACAGAAUGCAGCAGCCGCAGCUGCGGCAAGAGAUGCAGCCGAGAAGCAGCACCACCAAGCGGCGGCCGCAGCAGCAGCCCAGCAGCAGCAGCAGCAACAACAACAGCAGCAGCAGCAGCAGCAGCAACAGAUGAAGGGUCCGCCCCAGCAGCAGCAGGGCGGUCCACCGCCCAACAAGCCGCCGACGCCAAAGACGCCCCAGGGUCCGGGGGGACCGGGUGUGCCAGUCGGCAUGGGUGGCCCUGGAACGCCAACUGGCCUGCCGCCAGGUGCCUAUCCGGGCUCCCAUAUGGCCGGCUAUCCGCCUGGUCCGCCGCACGGUUCGCCCUUUGCCCCGCAAGAUGGUCAGCCGCACGGCAUGAAGCCCACCUCCCACAUGGAUGCCCUGCGGGCACACGCCCACUCGGCCAAUUCGGCGGGCAUGGGCGGAGGCCAUCAUCCGACGGAGCCAUUGCCCAUUGACAUUGAGCCGGAUCCGGAGCCAGAGAUACCCAGUCCCACGCACAAUAUACAACGUGGUCCCAGUCCCGAGGCCAAGCCGGACGACACCGAAUGCCAUCGCUCGCAGUCUGCCAUAUUUGUGCGGCACAUCGAUCGCGGAGAUUACAAUUCCUGCACGAGAACGGAUUUGAUAUUCAAGCCGGUGGCCGACUCGAAGCUAGCACGCAAGCGGGAGGAACGCGAUCGCAAGCUGGCAGAGAAGGAACGCGAACGGCGGCAGCAGCAGCAACAACAGCAACAGCAGCAGCAACAACAGCAGGCAGCAGCCGCCCAGCAGGCGGCACAGCAGGCCAAAAUGAAGGCGGAACUGAAGCCCCCAUAUGCGGAUACGCCAGCACUGCGGCAGCUCUCCGAAUACGCACGCCCCCAUGUCGCCUUCAGUCCUGUUGAACAGAUGGUGCCAUAUCAUCAUCCAAUGGGCCCCAUGUACAGAGAGAGGGAACUGGAGGAGAUCAAGAACGCACAAGCCGCUGCGGCGAGUCAAUCCCGCCUCGAUCCGCACUGGAUGGAGUACUACAGACGCGGCAUACAUCCCUCACAGUUCCCACUCUAUGCGAAUCCAGCGAUAUCGCAAAUGGAGAGGGAACGUUUGGGUAUACCGCCACCGCAUCACGUAGGCCUUGAUCCGGGCGAGCACAUGGUGCGUAUGAUACGAUUGACGAGAGAAUAUCAUGCACACUCUCAUACUCAUUUACAUUUGCCUUUGCAUCCACAGCCGCAACCACCGGAGGCCGGUUUCCAACUGCCACCGAAUGUUGGCCAAUAUCCACGCCCAAAUAUGCUUAUACCUAGGGAGCCGCACUCGGAUGUCCUGCUGCGGAUGUCGUAUGCCGAUCAACUACAGUAUUUGCAGGCCGCCGAAUUCCAGCGACAAUCGCUGCACGAUCAAUACUUUAGACAACGGCCCAGAUAAGUGGACAGACGGCAAUUGUAGAGACCAAGCAACUGAACAAAGAACAUACUCCCCUGGCCCAUCGCACCACUGUGGCCGUGAGGAAAUGCUUUGUGUGAUUUUUGUGUUCAAACGUUUUACAUUUUGUUUUCCCCACAAACAAACACUCCCCAUAAAUAUCAUCAUCCUCGACAACAACAACAACAACAACAAUAGCAGAGACAAACGACGUAUGGGUCAUGCAUCAGUCGAGCAUCCAGAAACGAAACUAAGCGAACUUUAAGUUGCGCAAUGACCUCUCAUAAUUUUAUGUGAAAAAAAUCAGCUGCGUUGAUGGGGAUCAUCGGAUAAUGGAUCUUGAAAGACUACAACAACAACCAAAACACCCACACAUGUACACCAGGAGACGACGACACCAGACACCACUUACUGACCAAGGCAUACAGAAUCAAAAGAGAAAACAAAAUCAUCAACUACAAGAAAAAACAACUAAAAACUAAACUAGACAAAACAAAACACGAUGGUCGCAAUAUUUUAAGUAUCCUCUUUAUAGUGUAUAGUGUUAAAUUCUAAAACCUAAACCAACAAGAUGUUAAAUAUCGUUUAAGAUGACAAAACAAAAAAAAAACAACUGAUAAGGGCAAUGGAACAAAAACCAACCAACAAAAAAAACAAACAAAAAACUUGGCACACACAAACUUUUUAUUGAGGUCUUCAAGCUAAAAAUAAGAAUGUGUCAACACUUUGACUAAGAAACUUUACGGAUAGGCACGAAUUGAUCAGAUAACUAAGCAAAAGCAAACGCAAAAAAAAAAUCCAACCAAAAUACUUGCUGCAGGAGGCAAGGUACAUAAAUUAGUAUAGGAAAAGUAAAGGACUAAAGGAGAGUGAAGUGAGUCAAUGGCAAAGAAGAGUUUACAGAAUGAUUUUUCCGAUGGAGACAUCAAAAUCGAUAUAUAUAUAUAUAUUUAUAUUCGAGUGUAUUGUACAAACGGGUUCUCGGGACGAAUGGAUUUAUCAUUUUUGUACAUUUGUACACUCAAAUUCCCAUAGAUACUACGCAGAGUAUAAUUUAAUGUACUUCCAGCCACAAAUUAACUAAUCUAAUGUAUGGAUCAGAUCAUCAUAUGAUUGCUGCUUAAUAUUUUGACUGCUUAGCUAAAGACGAACGGAAUCGAAUGCUUCUUCGAUUGCUGUAGUCCCAUAGUGUGUUAUACUUGUGUUAGCCUAGAGCCAGCUUUGCUUACCCGCUAAUUGCUACUCAUUAAUUUAUUAUUUUGCUAUGACUAGAGAGUAUUAUAUAUAGAAUGGGGCAAACAGUUUUUGUAAAAAGUGCAUAAUAAAUAAUGGAAUAUUAAUUAUGGGUAUUAUACAUACAUAUGUGAAUGAUUUGAUGCUGUUGCUGCUGCACAGAAAAUAAAUAGUAUCUGAAGGACAAGAUGGAUGGAUAAUGGAUGCAUUUGAAGCAGCUGCAAUUUAUCGUGUGCUUAAUUUAUAUUAGUAAUUUAUACAAUUUACGAUACGCAAAAGGAUGCAUUAUAUACAUAAAAAUAUAUAUUUAAAAACGAAGAAAAAAAAACAAAAAAGGUUUAUAUUAAAUAUAAGGCCAAACAAAGGAAAUGAAAAUGAAUGGCGGCACGAUAAUAAGAAAGGAAUAGAAGGAUGCACAGGACAAGAGAGGAGAGCAUAAAUUAUAAACUAAACGAAAAAAUGAAUGCAUAUUUUUAAAUAACGUUUUUUAUUUCACAUUUUGAAUAUACACAUGGAUAUAAAUAUAUUGUAGCUAUUAUAUGUAAUGUAGUUAUAUAUACAUUAAAUUAAAUUAAAGUUUAUUGUAGAAUUGUCUUGCAGCAUAUUCAAUGGCACACACACACACAUGGGAAAACCAACCAUAUUUCGCGUAGUUAAUAUUUAAGAUUGUAAAGUGAAAAAUCCAGGCAUAAAUAUUUAUAUAUACAAAAAUCCCCUCCCCACAAACACACAAAAUGCAGCUAUAUAUUUGCAUACAAAUUA